GUGCCGCAGUCGCUCGGCGGCCGCCGGUGUUGUGGAGCUCGGUCCGUGUUAGCGGCGCGUCCGCUGCUCCUCUGCCGCCGGUGACGAUGUUGGACCGCGAGGGCGGCUGGAGCGUCUCGUUCGCCGGCUGCGGCUUCCUGGGUGUCUACCACAUCGGCGCCGCCACCUGCCUGCAGGAGCGCGCUCCGCACGUCAUCCGCGACGCCCGGCGCAUCUACGGCGCAUCCGCUGGCGCGCUCGCCGGCGCCGUGCUCGUCGGAGGCGGCUCUUUGGCUCAGGCUUGUGCAGAUGUGUUGGCAUUAGCCAAAGAAGCUAGAAAGCGAAAUCUUGGUCCUCUUCAUCCAUCCUUUAAUGUGAUAAAGAUAAUAAGAGAUGGACUGAUGAGAAAUCUUCCAGAAAACACUCACCAGUUGUCAUCAGGCAGACUGUGUAUUUCACUGACCAGAGUAUCCGAUGGUAAAAAUGCAUUGAUAUCUAAUUUUAACUCUAAAGAAGAAGUUGUCCAGGCUUUAAUCUGUAGUUCCUUCGUCCCUAUUUAUUGUGGCCUAAUUCCACCAUCAUUUAGAGGUGUGCGCUAUGUGGAUGGAGGAAUCAGUGACAACUUACCUCAGUAUGAAUCAAAGAAUACCAUCACAGUUUCGCCUUUCGCUGGGGAGUGUGAUAUCUGUCCAAAGGGGAAUUCUGCCAGCUUCCAUGAAAUGAAUGUGACCAACACUAGCAUUCAGUUCAGCUUGGGCAACCUUUAUCGUUUAACACAAGCCCUCUUUCCACCAGAACCUAAGGUACUAGGAGAGAUCUGUGAGCAAGGAUAUGCAGAUGCUCUUAAAUUCUUGAAAGAGAAUGGUAUUCUGAAUGACUCAAUUUAUAUCCACUUGUCCUUCAAGAAAAGAAAUCCUCAUGAGGCUGCGCAACACAUUGACCAUACAAAGAAAAAAGUACUGACAGAAAGUAAUGGAGUAGAAACUCUGAAAAUGGAAGCACUCAGUGACCAGCAGAAGCAAAAUCCUUGGCCUUUGGAGAAGAGCAUAUUUGAAAGUCUACCCCCUAGACUUCGUAAAGCACUGCAGGAAGCUUGUAAAGAACAGAAUGGAUUCUACGCUCAGUUCUCUAAGCUCUUCCCUAUGCGAGUGAUAUCCUAUCUGAUGCUACCAUAUACACUACCAGUGGAGUCCGCUUAUUCCAUUGCUUUACGGUUAGUAAACUGGUUUCCUGACAUGCCUGAUGAUAUUCGAUGGAUGCAAGAACAGCUUUGUCAGAUUGCUGCUACAGUUUAUUCCCAGGCUAAAAGCAAGCUGUUCUGUAUAUCCAGGAAAGACAAAUACACAUCACUAAGAAAAUGUCAAACUGUUCCAUCUACUGUGGAAUUUCAUUCUUCAUACUGCCAUCUUAAAAUGCCUCGCUCUUCUGCAGACCUUGAAACCUGGCUCUGGGAAUCUUCAUGCUUCAUGCAGUCAGUUAUGAAAAAUGCUUCUGCUGAUGUACAGGAGCAUUCAGACAUAAACUCCUAUCCUAAUUUUCCCCCAAAUCCUGAUGAGUCUGGGUUGGAAAUAGAUUUUGACUCUUCCUCAGAGUCAAGUUUCCAAACUGCCCCAGAGUAUUAAUUUGGAAGUAGCUUCCAGAGUUUCCAAAAUUCCAAUUUGGCAGAGAAAUUUAUUUCCUAAAAAACUAAAGCUCACUUUGAUUAUUGCCAGUAAGUCUUGGAAAAUUUGUUUACAGCGUCCUGACAAAUCUGCCUUGGGAAUCCUGUUGUUGUAAGGAUUAUAAAAAUAGUGGCUGCUAUACUAAGAAACAGACUACAGUUCUGUCAAAGCACCAGCUCAAUCAACUGUAGAAGACAUAUAGUAAACAGUGUUUCUCUGGAAAUAAGUUCUUUUAAAAUCUACUUUCAGAAUAAAAAUGUAAAAUCUGUAAACAGAUUUAGACAAACAGGCACAGACAACAAAACCUUUUUAAAAAUACAAUUCUUAACAAUAGUAUGUGUUAGGAUUCAUUUUAUAGCACUUAAAUAAAAUUUGACUUUUACUACAUAAAGGGAAAUACAAAAAGGAGCUUUUUAAUGGCCUCCAGUGUCCAUUUGCCUUAUGUUUAAACGUACUGUUGUGUUCACUGAAAAAUUGUCUGCAUGAGAUACUGUAGGAACAGUAAUAUUCUAGGUUACUGUAUGUAUUCCAUAGCUCACAUCUCCUCUGUGGCUCUUUCCCUCUUCAAAUACUUCAAGGGGAAAAGACAUAGGAAAUGGGAUGCAUUCCCCUGAAGUGUAAACAGGUACUGUUUCAGUGUUUUUUUUGAAUAGAAGAACUUAAUACUUGACUGAGUAUUGAAAAGUAGGUAAAAUAGUGACUGAGUAGUAGUAAACAGUAGUAUGAGAAGGGUGUUAAACUUCACAGAAGAUAUUAACAAAAGAAAUCAGCUUAUAGCAAAUAGGGAAUGAUGUUUAGGUCUCAUCUCUUAAUUGCUGCCCAAUCAUUCACAAUUUAUUCCCCUUCUCCCCCACCCCCACCAACUUGGGGUUUUUUCUUCCAUUAUUUCACUUUCCUCUUGCUAAAGGAAGUAAGAAAAAAAGGGUCCCUCCAGUCUCAGUGAGGUAUGAUAGCCCAGUAAAAGUCUUCCAAGACAAGCUAUUAGAGGAAGCAAAUGUGUAAGGCUUGGUGGGAGUAUCAAUAUCCAGGGAGCUGUGCGAAGGUGUCAGAUAAUAGGUUGAAAGUCAGCCAAAUCUGUAUUUAGUUGAUGAGCAUUUUAAACACUUUGCACUACGAAGGUUCUGCGUGAUUUUAAUAAAGACAGCAUAUUAGUGCAUGAAUACAUCAGGAGAAGUAAAUAGCUGCUAAGAUGAACCACUCCAUUCAUGUUUUGUUACCAUGGACAGUUUUUUUAAGUAGAAAGUAUCAACAAUGGGUUUAAAAUGGAGUUUGUGUAUGUGUUUGGGGGUAGGCUUGUGACAUUCAAAACCUUCUCAUUGAAGAACGUGACUUGCAUGCAAGCUGGGUGCAGCCCAGGGAAGAGACCACAGAUGCUUACUGGAAGUAGCUUGUACAAGAAGUGGCAAUGAUGUUGAGACACUCAGAAGAGCGAACUUUGGAGCCUGAGCUUUGGGAUCCAGAACUCUGUCAAAUAGCAAAAUGUAGCAUUUUUUAGUUGGACCAGCCUUUAAGCAGUUUCUGAGUUGUCAUUUCCUUAAGCUUGAAGUGCUAAAUUUUGCACAUUAUGAUUCAUUUUAGAAUGGUGGGGGAGAGGGGAGAAAGUGUCAAGCUGGUUCCCUACCACAGAAGGAUGGUAUUUUACUUCAUCUCUUUUGUUAAUUUCUUCUGUGUGUGUAUGUAUGUGUCUUCUUAAAUUUGCAAGAAAAGUUUGAAAUGUUACUCUAACUACAAUUAAAAUACACAAUUUCUGUUUUAUAUUGUCAUUUAUAACUUUUAAGACUUUCUAUAAUUUUAUAAUGUUCUGCACAAUGUUGGGUUUACCAGUAUGUGUUAGAAUUCAGGCAGGAAUGCCGAAUUUUCCUUCUUUUGUGUGAUGGAAGAGUUCUAUUACCGACAUUUAAAUCAACUUUAACCACUUGUCCUGCUGUGCACAGCUCCAGUUUUGUCUCCUUUUCCUAAAAUAAAAAGACAAUCUCUUCUGUUA